AUGCUGAGGACCCAAGCUUAUGCUGACCUUCACCACGCAGAGGGCAAAGACAUGUCAUUUGAUUCAAAGCGUGAAGUUGAAAAUGAAAAGGAACCAGUCUCCACCAAGGAGGCUACUGAACCGUGCAGUGACCUAGAUGCCAUAAAAAGCCACGAAGUCCAUGCCUUCUCUGAUCCAGCCAUCGCGGAAUAUUAUCGCAGAGAGUAUGAUAAAGUGCAGUAUGAGUGUAGGCAGUUCUUUGAUCCCACAUUGACCUGGACAAAAGAAGAGGAACGGCAGGUACUACGCAAACUCGACAUUCACAUUGUGGGGUUGAUUGUCAUCGUGUAUUUUGCAUGCCAGCUCGACUAUGGCUCACUAGGACAGGCGACAGCUGAUAACAUGCUUAAUGAACUGCAUAUGGAUACAAAUCAAUACAACCUGGGCAAUCAGUUGAGCAUUUUUGUGGCUCUGGCUUUUGAGCUCCCAAUGCAGCUAGUUAUACGGCGGUAUGGAGCAGACAAGGCUAUUCCAUAUCAAAUGCUUAUAUGGGGCGCAAUUGUGCUGUGUCAGGCAGGAAUGAAGAACUGUUAUGGGUUUUAUGCGACCAGAGUCCUAUCCGGCAUUGCAGCAGCAGGUCUAUUAACCACCGUUACUGUGUGGCUCACAUAUUUCUACACAUCAGGCGAGUUGGCGUUCCGCACAGCCUUCCUAUUCGCAACUUCCACCAUGGACCAGGUGUUCUCUGCAUUAAUAGCAUAUGGCGUUUUGAGAUUGAGGGGCGUGUGCAACCUAUCUGGAUGGCAGUGGCUAUUCAUAGUCGAAGGCAUCAUUACGUUCUCGGCCGGGCUCUAUGUCUGCUUCACGAUGGUGCCUUCGAUCGCACAGACGAAAGGUGUUAUGUACCCUAAAGGAUGGCUCAGCGAACGCCAGCAGUUAAUUGCUGUGAACCGCCUGCUGCGCGAUGACCCCAGUAAAGGCACAAUGAAUAACAGACAGGGCAUCACCAUAAGGGAAUUCCUGCGGUCCCUGAGUGACUACGAUUUCUGGCCGCUCUACGCCAUAUCUUUGAUAGUGAGCAUACCGGAGGCCGCGGUGGUGCCCUACCUUCCCCUGAACCUCCGGAGUCUUGGCUUUUCCUCGCUAAAAGUACAGAUCCUGAUUAUCCCAGCAUUCUUCAUCCACGCGAUAUCUAUGCUCAUCUUCACCAAACUAUCAGAUGUCUGGGACGAGCGCGCGCUGAUGGAGAUAUUUCCCCUCAUAUGGAAGGGAAUCACGCUCGGCUGCUUGAGAUGGUGGUCGGGCUCUUUUGUUGACAAGUGGGGAACGUACGCCCUGCUCAUUACCCUGCGCGCGGUGCCCUCCUACUCGCCUAUAUACACGGGCUGGAGCUCUAAAAACGCAAACUCGGUCAGAACACGCGCUGUCGCCGCCGCAGCAGGCCAGUUCUUUAAUAAGAUCGGAUACAUCCUUGCAAACCAAACCUACCGGAAGGACGACGCACCGGCCUAUCACAGAGGAAACUUGUUACUAUUCUGCAUCAACCUCAUUACCAUACCUCUGAUGAUCGGGUCCAAACUCUACUUCGUUUGGCGCAACAAGCGCAGAGACGAACUAUGGAACAAGAUGACGGAGAAAGAGCGGCAGCACUACACUUUGACCACUACAGACCAGGGAAACAAAAGACUAGACUUUAGAUUUGCACACUGA